AUGACACGUCGGAACAAACCGGAAGGCUACUAUGUCGUCUGUGUUGACUCUUGUUUGAAUGUGCUGUGGCCUUGUCGCCUCAUGUGUGCUGUGCUAGUAGCGUUAGAUCACGGCAUGGGUAGGCGUCGGAGGGUUAGGUUCUUUGUUGAAGACCCCAAAAGUGUGGUCUUGUCUAACUCAGUGCUUGAGGAAUAUUAUAAAAAUCAGCUUAUGCUGGAUGAUGCUGAUUUUGAUGGGUUUCUUAAGGCUAUGAGAACUCCUUUGCCUGUGACGUUUCGCAUCACCGGCUUUCGCCAGCAGAACCGUGAGCUUCUCUCACUUCUCCAAGAGAAUUACCUUCAUUCAAUGAUUAGACAUGGUGAUGAUCAAUCAAAUGAAAAAGUGCCGGUCGGUCCUCUUAAAUGGUAUCCUGAAAAAAUGGCCUGGCAAAUAAACUUGACUCGCUUGGAGAUUCGGAAGUCUCCUGAAUUGGAGAAUUUGCAAAAGUUCUUGGUUUCGGAGUCUGAAGCAGGGAACUUAAGUCGUCAGGAGGCUGUCAGUAUGCUACCACCACUUCUGUUUAAUAUCAAGGAACAUCAUGCAGUCUUGGACCUUUGUGCGGCUCCGGGUUCUAAAUCUGCUCAGCUUGUUGAGCUUCUUCACGCCGAUGCAGAAUCCAAGUUUCCUGAUGCUGAUCACUAUACCGAACCCUCGGGCAUAGUCGUGGCCAAUGAUGUGGAUCGCAAACGUUGUUAUAUGUUGGUGCAUCAAGUCAAGAGGCUUCAAAGCCCUUGUGUAAUCCUCACCGAGGAGGAUGCAUCCACCUAUCCUCGAUUGUUCUUCGGUUCUUCCGAGAAGCCGGACCAGAUACGACAACUCCUUUUCGAUCGAGUCCUUGCUGAUGUGCCAUGUAGCGGGGACGGCACCCUCCGAAAGAGUCCUGAUAUUUGGUCUCGAUGGAAUCCGAACCUCGGGAGGCAGCAUCACGAGCUUCAGAGGAGGAUUCUGCGUCGUGGCCUUGAACUGCUUCGAGUUCCUCUGUCUGUAGAUGAUCCUGAUCUUCCACGUCUUGUGUACUCCACUUGCUCCUUGAAUCCGCUUGAGGAUGAGGCCGUGGUCGCGUCCAUCCUUGAGGCGUGUAAGGGCUCUGUGCGUCUUAUCGAACCCGAGUUUAUGUGCCUUCCUGGUACUGAAGUGGCCAAAGCGGGAGGUUUCAUUGCUAGAUCUGGUAUCAAGACGUGGCGCGUUCUGCACGGAUCCAAUAAAUGGUACUCGAAGCACGAUGAGGUUCCAGAAAAUCUGCGUGGAAGUUUCCCGCCGAGCCUCUUUCCACCUGAGAACGUGGAGGCGCUUCAUCUUGAACACUGUCGACGAGUUCUUCCGCAUGACCAAGACACCGGUGGUUUUUUCGUUGCUGUGUUGGAAAAACUUGCUGAUCUUCCGUGGAUGAGUAGUCGUCAAAAGUCGUACAAGAAAGGCCUUGGAUACAGAUUGGACAUCCGUAUUUUCACAGAACCGAACGAAAGUUGUACUGCCGGGAGUGAUGCUGCUGCUGCUGAUGGUGGUGAUGACGAUGACGAUGAUGGGCCGGUUGCAAAGAAACCACGAUUGACAGAUCCGAGACGAAAGGAAUCGUCUUUUGUUUUCAUGGACCCAUCUACGGACAAGGACUGGCCAAGCAUUCGUGACUUUUACGGGCUAGAAGACAAGGAAAAUUGCCUCUUCAACCUGAAUCCUGCACAGAUUCUCUACCGAGAGGGUACUGCGGGAGAUCCUGUGAGACGACGCAAUCUCUACUACACAAAUUCUCGCGUAAAAGGCAUAAUGGAAGCCAAUGAAAAUCAUGGGAUUCAUAUUGUCAGUGGCGGUGUGCGACUCUUUGCCGUCUGUGAUGAAAAGCAGUUUGUCGGCUACCGUGUUCUCCACGACGGAAUUCAUCUGGCUUGUGCCUUUCUCCCCCAGGUGCCCAGGGAACUUAAACAAUAUCCUCCUCAGCUAUGUCGUCGCCGCAUAAGCCUUUCGGCUAGCGAGCGCGAUGACUUGGUGCUUCUGCUGCGCGAGGAGAUGCCACUGGCGGAGCGCUUCACAAAGGCUACUCGUGAUCAGUGGGAGCAGCUUAGCACUGGGCCUGUUCUUGUCGACUACGAUCCAGCGGCUCCCUCCGAUCCCUCUCGUGUGAUGCCUGAGUCGAAGAUGGAGGAAAGUAGUCGGCCGCGUCCCCACUGUCGUAUUGCUUUUGCAGCAUGGCGAGGUGUGAAAAGCUUGCGCAACCACAUCGACCGCUACGAGCGCUUGCACCUUCUGCGCCUCUGCGGCCUGGAUGCUUCCGUGCCCCUCAUUACGGGUCAUGAUCUUUGUCAACGCAAGAACCGUGAUAGUGACGCUGGUGGUACAAUGGACGUUGAGUGA